AGGACUACAUUACCCACAAUGCUUCCCGUGGGACGCCCACAAGGCCUCGUCCUCCAGCUCGACGCCGGCUCAGCCAGUGAGCGUCGCCGACUGUCCCGGGUCUGCCUGCUAAGGGUUUUGGUCCUUGCUUCUGGCCCUGCGAGCCUUCCACGCCCGAUCUCCCGCUCCCGUCCCAGCCCGCUGCUCCGGGCCUGCCCCGAGCCCCCCCACGGGUCUCAGCGCUGCCGAGCCCUGAAAACAUCUUCCCCAGUGUUUGGCCAGAGGUAUAGAGAGAGACAGGUGUGAGCUCCAGGCCAGAGAAGGAACAAGGCUCACCAGGAGCAAUGGCGACCUCUCCCGGCUUCCAGCACCCGCCACCCCUGGAGCAGGAUGAGAUCCUGAUCGUGAAGGUGGAAGAGGACUGCUGCUGGGAAGAGGAGCCCUCCCUGGAGAUUGAAGACCCUAGCCCUGAGACCUUCCGCCAGCUCUUCCGUCUUUUCUGCUACCAGGAGGUGGCCGGACCUCGGGAGGCCCUGAGCCGCCUCUGGGAGCUCUGCUGCCGCUGGCUGCGCCCUGAGCUGCGCACCAAGGAGCAGAUCCUGGAGCUGCUGGUGCUGGAGCAGUUCCUGACGGUGCUUCCAGGGGAGAUCCAGGCCCGGGUGCGGGAGCAGCAGCCAGAGAGCGGUGAGGAGGCCGUAGUCCUCGUGGAAGGGCUGCAGCGGGAGCCCAGGAGACAAAGGCAGCGGGAUCCGGAGGUAGUCCCUGAUGAUGCACUGGCCCACGGGACAGGGGAGUGGUUCUUAAAAUGCCAGGUGGAGGCCCAGCCAGGAGAGCUGUCUCUGGAGGAAGGGCCUCAGCACUCCAGCCAGCAGCCCCCAGCCCAGCUGAGCCACAGACCAAAAAGAGGCCCCCAGCUCUGGCCAAAGACGGGCCCAGCGGCCUCCCAGUGUCAGGAGACGGCGGCACUGGCCACAUCCUUCCUUUCAGCCUGGUCCCAGCAGGUGCCGGUGACCUUGGAGGACGUGGCCGUGUACCUGUCCCAGGAGGAGUGGGGGUGCUUGGACCUGGCUCAGCAGGACCACAGCUGCGGCAGGCUGCAGGAGGAUGAGGGUAUGUGCAGGGAGACCCUGGCCGUUGUCUGUCAGACACUGGGUUGUGUCUCUGACGUGGGUGAGUGUCAGGGAGGGUGGCUGCUUCCUUCAGGCUGGCUGUGGUAUGUGCUGGCCUCCAGGACCCGAGGCCCAGGCUACCUCCCUGCUCCAGCACCUUCCCUGGCUCCCCCCGCCUACAGGAGCCACUCCAGCAGGUCUCAAACUUUAGUGGCCAGAGGAAUCACCGGGCAACAUAUUAAAAAUAGGAACUUGUGGGCCUUGUGCCCAAGGGUUGCUUUAGUGUGCUGGGGGCAUUCCCUGGUGAGUCCUAGUGCUGGGCAGCCCUGCACUGCCAAGGUUGCUAGUGUCCCAUCAGUGGCCCAUCUGCAGCGGGGGCAGUGUGGCUGCUUGCCCACGUCCCAGGCAGAUGCCCAGAGCUGUCCUGAGUUCCUUCUUUCGCUCCUUUACCCACACGGUUGUCCAGUGUCAGUGCAGCCUUUGUGCCGUCUUGGCCCCCAUGGACAGAGCUGCUCUUGGCAGGGCCCUGCCUGUCUACGCCUCUCCUCACCACCCCACACUGGCCCUUCUCAGCUCGUCCUACUGCUUUUGACACGUGUUCACUCCCUGAAAUGUUUUUUAAAGGAGUUGAGAUCCUGCUUUGUAUCAGUUGGGGUUCUCCAGAGGAAAAGAACCCUUAGGAUGUGUGUGUACAGAGAUAUUUAUUUUAAGGAAUUGGCUCUCACGAUUGUGGGGGCUAGCACGUCUGAAAUCCGUACAGCAAGCCAGUUGGCUGGAAACCAGGCAGGUUUUCUCUAGGCUGCCUUCUCGAGGCAGAAUUCCUUCUUCAGGAAACCUCAAGUUUUCUCUUAAGGCCUUCAACUGAUUUGGUGGGGUCCACCCCCCAGUGUGGAGGGUAAUCUGCUCUCCUUACAGUCACCUGAUUGUAGAUGUUAAUUACAUCUACAAAAUAACCUCCACAGCAACAUCUAGACUGGUAUUUAGGGAAUUAAUUUCCUGGUGGUCCCAUGGUUAGCACUGUAUGCUUUCACUGCUGAGGGUGUGGGUUCAAUCACUGGUCAGGAAUCUAAGAUCCCACAAGCCGUGCAGCAUGGUCAAAAAAUAAAGGUAAAAAAUUGAUUGAGGGCUUCCCUGGUGGUGCAGUGGUUAAGAAUCUGCCUGCCAAUGCAGGAGACACAGGUUUAAGCCCUGGUCUGGGAAGAUCCCACAUGCCGCGGAGCAAUUAAGCCCGUGUGCCACAACUACUGAGCCUGCGUUCUAGAGCCCGUGCUCUGCAACAAGAGAAGUCACCGCAGUGAGAAGCCCAUGCACCACAACGAAGAGUAGCCCCCGCUCUCCGCAACUAGAGAAAGCCCGCUCACCGCGAUGAAGACCCAGUGCAGCCAAAAAAAAAAGACUGGUAUUUAACCAAACAACAACACUGUAGCCUGGCCAGGUUGGCACAGAAAAUUAAUGAUCACAUACUUUGUUUUACAUCUUCAUUUAUUCCAAACUAAGUGUCUGUAGAACAAAUGAAGAUGAAAUCUUUCUAUUGCCACGAAUACUGGCUUGCUGUGUGCACUGUUGCUGUCCCACUGCUCUGUGCUCUGUCCUGCUGUGUGUUGUAACUCUUGGCUACUUCAUCUCUGUUGUGAUGAAAUUCUGACUCCUCGGGGCAUCUGGUUUCCCUCCCAGAGCUGGGGAGAGCCUUGGGCCCUGUUUUUCCUCACUUCCUCUCUCUCUGAGGAAGCAGUCUGCACAGAAGUAGAGCGCCUCCCACCUCUUUUGAGGCAUGGAGUUUUUCCCACAGGUUCUCCUGAUGCCCCUUUGCUCUCAUGAGGAGGAGGUUGUUGCAGUCUUGUGUUCUGUCCCGGCCACACUCACAUCCUCUCUUCUCUUUCCCCAUCAGCAGGACUCCCCGCUCCUGGGCCCUGUCUGACUGCCCAGGAUGGGCCAGGGCAAGGCCUGCGGGACCCAGCUUGUGCAGCCUCGGGGCUGAGGGAAGUCUCUGGCAGUGCUGGCUCAGGUGAGGGGGUCUGGGAGGAGACGGAUGUCCCAGAUGAGAU